UCCUUGCCUCUUCCGCUCUGGAAGUUAAUCGUCUACCUUCCAUAAAUACGAUGCCAAAAGUGUUGCGCACUAACGCUUGGCGUUACGGUAGUCUUAGGGGAUGUUUUCAAGCACAACAGACGUACGUCUAGAACCCGCUGAAAUUCAAAGUUUAAAGUAGGAAAGGUGUCGAAAAAAACAAAGUCUUUUGAAUCUUCACUGAAAUGUAUGCCUAGUCGUGACUUGUUUGCCACACACUGACAUUUCUGUUCAGGAGUAUGGAUAGGAAACAUCGAAGUGGGUUGUCGACAGCUUUGAAGAGACAUAGAGGUCCUCUGUCUGACACAGAGGACAAUGUCCCCUCGUCAGAGGUCAAUGAUGUUCAGAAGAGGCGUCGCCUGAAGUUGUUGGGCGAGGAGAACGUCAGUCCUAACAAAAGUUCUUCAUCAAGAGACCACCUCUGCUGUGCAGAGCUGGAGGUGAAGCCAGACACCCACGCUCUCUGCUCUGUCCGCUCCAGAGUACAGCAACUAAUCCAGAGACGUGCUGGAGGCCCUCUACUGGCUCCGAGACCAUCCAUUAUAAUCCAGGAAGGGUUCAAAGAGCACAUUCUUAUUGGUGAGGCAGAAUUCAGCUCACGGGUGGAGCGGUUUAACGCCCCCACCACCUGUCCGGCCAGCCCUCUGCCAGGAAACUGGUGCCCCCGUACCCUCUCCAACGCCGUUACCAACGUACAGCUUACACUUGAGGACAGUGAAACACCCAAGCAGGUAUCCUGCAUACGCCAGGAAAGAGAGGAGGAGCUGCGACUCUUAAGGGCCCAGCCAAUUGCAAAGAAUUUCUUUCUAAAUCAAAGAUUCUCUGAUUCCUCUCUGACUGAGAGGGCGACCCCACCCGUCUCCUCAUCCUCCCCUCGGAUGAUGGUUGGCUAUAGCAGGAGACUGCAGUGGCCACCGUUCCAACCAUGGAAUCAGGCAGACCUCAAUGUGACUGGUUAUGAGCCUCUCUGGGUGAAGGACGGCAGCUUUACCGAGACUUCUGUCACUGCUAAGAUCCAUGGAGUGGAGCCUCCAAUCCAAGACACUGCAAGAGGAGAAGUCACUAUUACAGAUGAAGAGCUUGGAGGUAGACACUUUAACGAGGCUGAGCUGAGCUUUCAAGAUGAAACCAACACUGCUGAGAUGAUUGACCUGAUGUUUAAGGACAUGCUGGAGGAUUCUGCCCAGGGAAGAGAGAAGGAGGGCACUGAGGAUUACUACAGUGGCAUAGCCACAGUGAUGCGCAGAAAGGAGAAAACAGAGUUGGACAAAGGGAAAGCUGAGGAGGGUGAAGACCUGGAAGAGAUCAGGGAACUGGACUCCAGUGUAGAUGAGCUGCUGACCCUCCCACCCAGCUGCAUCCUCUCUCCUCUCAGCAGGUCUGUGGAAGCUGUGGUCACUCCAAUGAGACUUGCAGCUAGUCAGCCAGCCACCCCACCAUCCCUACCUCUGACUCCUGAAGAGCUGACCACUCCCCCUGCCGACAGUGCCCCUCUCUACAGCAUCGAUGCUUACGGUACCCAGAGGCAGAGCACCAAGUCAGCUAUUCAGAGUGUAACCCCAGGAUUGCAGAGGCGUGCCGCUGAGAAGUCCCACCCCCAGAAAACUGUCAACACCAAGGACAGGAUCAUGGUUCUGAAUGAGGAGGCUGCCAAGAUACAGACGGUGAUCAAUCAGACGUUGCAGGCCCUCAGCUGCUGCACUGACGAGGACCACGGCAGAGGUUCCCUGGAGGAGGCCGAGGCUGAGAAACUACUGCUCGUCUCCUGUGAGAAGCGGGCGGCCCUGCUGGCUGAGGUGACCAGGCUGAGGGAGAGGGGGAUCUCAGGGGAGUUAGAGGGCGGUGAUGGUGAGGGGGACACCAGCAUGUCCCAGCACCCCUGCAGGGGCACCGUCAGCAUCAACAGUGUCCAGCUCCCUCUCAAGGUGGAGUUUGUCUGCUCAGCCCGCACACAAACAGGUCGCCCAACUCACUAUUUCUUUGUCCUGAUUCGCUAUGGACCCUGCAACAUUGUUGCGACCCCAUUGGCCACUGCAGCGGAUGCCCAGAAUGGAGACACCAUCUCCUUCCCCACCUCCAUCACCAUGCAGGACAUUCACUCCAACUUUGAGAUUGAUAUUGAGGUCUACAGCCUGUCCCACACCUCAGGCAACACCUGUAAUGUGGAUCUCCGCAGCUCUUCCAGGUCAAAGAUCACCCCAAGGAAGCUUCUAAGCACCAUAAAGAGAUCCAACCACUGUGUGACAUCUUCUACCAUGCCAGCCCUGAACACCCGCCGCACUAGCCACUUCUCUCUGGUUGGUUCUCACAAGAUCUCCCUGGCCUCCCUGGGCCAUAGCAAGUUCCCCCUGGACAAGAUACAGUUUGAAGGCAAAAUCAGGAGACUCCUGGGAGAUGAGUUUCAGGAAAAGGUGCCCUUCCUAUCUCCACUAGAGGGAAACAUCUACCUGCGACUAGACAGCGAGAGACAGUCUAACGUCCAACAUCAGGGCUUCCUUACAAUGUUUGAGGUGGUGAAUGGAUUUGGAGCUUGGCAUCGACGCUUCUUUGUCCUGGAGGGAAACCACAUGUCCUAUUGGAACCACCCCAAUGACCAGGGCAGCAAGGUAGCAGAAGGCAGUAUCUCUUUGUUUAGUUCCUCUGGUCAAAGUGUGAAGCCAGUGAAGAGGGACUCCUGUGCUCGCCCUUAUACUUUUGAACUGGUCAGUGGCAUCCAGACUGCACAACAGAAUGACCAGCUCGCUCUGGCCAAGUGCUGGUUCUCAGCAGAUACGCGGGAGGAUCGAAAGGACUGGAUGGAGAAGCUCAACCAGGUUCUCCUGGACCUGCAUGCCUGGACUCACCAAGCCCUGAACCAUGCUGGAGCACAGCCCAACACUCAGGCCAGCAGUGGGAACAUAAUGGAGAUCAGUCUGUAACACACUAUUAUAUAAUCAUAUGCUAUAUCUUUAUAUAUAUCUAUCCCUCUCUCUCUCUCUUUAUAUAUAUAUCUUUAUCGAUUCUUAUGAUUACCAUUGGGAGGUUAUUUUAUACGUGGUGAUAUUUUUGCCUUGUCACUUUGAAUAGCUCUUUAAAAUAGAGCUCCAUCUUGUGGCCUAUUAGCAUUAUAUACUAUUUAACUGAGCUUGAAGUGGACAAUUUAACUACAUCCAUAUAAUCUAGAAACUACUGAAUAAGUAUCAAAGCUAGUGCAGAAGAGCCCUAACACUAAAUGGAUGAUUAGUCCAAUAGUGUAGUUAUAAUUCUGAUAAGCCAAACACUACAAAGCAUGACAUGUCUACUGGACAACAUUAUUUCAGUACUACAGCAUUGCUGUAAUACCCUCUAAAGUGUGGAAAUAUGUCUAUCAGAAAUAAUAUAGUCUACCUCUAAAAUAUAUAAAUACCUCAUCUAAAAACUCAUUAAUUUAGUGAUUUAAGUAGAAUUGUAGUGCAAGUUGAGUUAUAGUAUUGUACUUGACAACCUGCUACGAGGUUGGAAAUACUGACCAUUAAUGAGUUCCUUCAUUCAAAAUCUAGUGCUGUGUUGUGCAUAACCCAAAAGGGGCCAGACCACAAAAAUGGCAGCUACCCAGGCAAGGCAAUUGAGAGUAUAGAAUGAUGUACGUCCGAAGGAGAUGUUCGGCAUAAUGUUAGUGCCUCAUCUGAUGAUAAAUCCUAGUAGGACCCUAAAGGGACAUGAUGAAUGUAGCUGCUGUCUGUAGACUCUGUUAACCUAUUUCCCCCCUUGAUGUAUUUGCUGUCAAUCUGUCAUUCUCUUUUUGUAUGUGGAUGUUAUCAGCUACCUGUCAACAUUCUUAUAUGCAGUUGAUUUGAUGAAGGUACUACAAGUAAAUAAUAAAAAUGUCUCUAAUAGUGU